ACAAUGGGUGAUUGGGGUCUGGAUGGGAGAGAAUAGGAUUCUUUUGAAGCAUAUCUAUAGGUUAAGGUAAGGUGGGAAAAUCUAGAAAGAUGGUUUUCUCAAAGAAUCCAUUAUCAUUGAGCGUACCGGAGGAAGCAUUCGAAUCAUGGCUCCGCGACGGUGGCUACUUAGAAAUUCUCGACCAGCGUACAUCCGACCUUCACCGUCUAAAUUCCUCCACCCCACCCGUUGCCGCUGACCCAUCUUCUUCUUCUUCCUCUCACAAUCGCAAUCUAACAGCUUCUUCUUCUUCUGAUUCAUCCAAUACAUUCAUCAGUACCCACAUCUUGCCUUUCUUAUCUCGUUUCUGGGUUUUUAUAUCUCUCUUCACUUUGAACCCAUUCUCCAAACUCACUACUGAAGAUUUCUCCCGCGCAACUCCAUCUUGGACUCACGAUUUUUUCGGUUUCAUCGAUUCCUAUAGCUUCCCUGCUUCUCCUUCUCAGGCUCAGUUAAGAGUUCACGAGAAUCCCAAAAGAUAUGCCAGAAACUAUGCUUAUCUUUACAUCAUCUUCUUCGCUUGUUCUCUUUAUCAGAUGCCUAUUGCUCUCGUUGGACUGCUAUCUUGUUUGGCAAUUUGGGAUGCACUCAAGUUUUCUAGUGAACGAUGGGGAUUAGAUCAAUACCCUUCAACAAGGAGGACCUUGGUUCUUGUUGCGCAGUGUGCCACUGCUCUCAUUUUGUUCGUUUCAAAGGUUCAAUUCGCCGUCUUCACUUCUCUUGCAUUCAGUUAUUCUGCAAUGAUCUUGCAUGCAUCGUUUCGUAAACUAACUCCAUCUGCUAGGGAUUCUGGUAGAGGGAAGAGAAGAUGAAUGAAUGAAGAAUGUAGUUGAAUAUAAGUAGCUGCAAUUUUCAUGAAAUAAAUUGUUCACAUUUUUUUUUGCAGUGAGUGAAUAAGCUGUUUAGAUGAAAUAUAUAUAUGUUUUUUUACAGAUGCAUUGCACUGUGUUCACAAAUGGUUCAUUUUUAUUUAUUCAGAACAUCAAUGAUGACAUUUUGAUUGGUUCUUACUGUAAGCUUGAAAUAUUGAUAAAGUUCCACUCU